GGCAGUGGUUAUGCCUUAUGGGGUCGAUUCAGACCCCAAAUGGGUCUGGCCCUGGGCAGAGUAAAACCUCCGGAAACGUGUUAGCUUUCGUCAUAACAUUACAAACAUCACCACACAGAUACAUAUAAUAAUGGCUUUAAAUGGACAUGAUGAGACAUCACAAAUUCCAAGGAAAGUUCAAAGAUUAGAAGCCAGUGAACUGGAACAGUUUGAUGAUCUCUUUCCUGAGAUUGUUGAUAUCUUGCAUCAGAGAUGGUCAGACAAUAAAGAAAUUACUGAUGCUUUAAAUUGGUUUAAAGAGGUGUCUGAAUACAAUGUUCCAUUUGGUAAGAAAAAUCGUGGAAUCUCAGUAGUAACAACAUACAAACUUCUGGUAAAAGACGUUUCCAAUGAGGACAUAAAACUAGCUAGAAUUUUAGGAUGGUGUAUAGAAUGGCUACAGGCAUUUUUCUUGGUUGCUGAUGACAUCAUGGAUAAAUCUAUAACUAGAAGAGGGAAGCCAUGCUGGUAUAAACAGAAUAAUGUAGGAUUGAUAGCUGUCAAUGAUGCUAUAUAUUUAGAAGCAUGUGUUUAUGAGAUACUUAAACAUUACUUCAGAAAGAAAUCAUACUAUAUUGAUCUUGUAGAACUAUUUCAUCAGAUCUCCAUGCACACAGUAAUGGGACAGUGUUUAGAUCUGAUCACAUCCCCUAUUGAUGGUAAAGUAGACUUUACAAAGUUUACAGAAGAGAGGUACAAUGCUAUAGUGAAGUGGAAGACAGCAUUUUACUCAUUCUAUCUGCCGGUAGCCUUAGCUAUGUAUAUGGCUGGUAUAACAGAUGAAGAUGUACACUCAAAGGCUAAAACAAUUCUGAUUGAGAUGGGUACAUUCUUCCAAAUACAGGAUGACUAUUUAGAUUGCUUUGGAGAUCCUUCAGUUAUUGGUAAAAUAGGAACAGAUAUACAAGACAAUAAAUGUUCCUGGUUAGUAAUACAGGCAUUAAAGAGAGUCAGCAUGGAACAAAGAACUGAACUACAGAACAACUAUGGGUGUGAUGAUCCUUCAAAGAUUGAGAAAGUCAAAGAUUUAUAUGAACAACUAGAUCUACAAACAGUUUAUUCAGACUAUGAAGAAAAUAGCUUUAAAUUAUUAAUGAAUCUCAUAGAUAAAAAUUGUGAUAUUUUACCAAAAGAAGUUUUUACAUCAUUUGCAUAUAAAAUUUACAAAAGACAAAAGUGAUGGUAUGCUGGUAUGAAUGAAAGGAUUUAAAUGUUAUUUAAUGUCUGAUUGUGCAAUGUAGUCCAAUGAGUUUUAUAAUGAAUACAAUUUUUAUGAUAAGAA